AUGGCAACGGUAAGCACGUUGUUUAUUUUUUUAUUUUUUUAGCAUAUUUUACAAAUUUUGAACACUUUUCGCACGAAAUCUGGGCGCCAGAUAUAGUUUAUGACAUGCUGUUUUUAAAAUAGGGGGAUAGGAAGAAAAAAGAGAGCAUUUUUGAUUUGUCGAAAUUUUUGGACAAGCCAAUUCGUGUGAAGUUCCAAGGUGGACGGGAAGGUAUAAAUAAUCAAAGACAGGGAUAAAGUUCUUCACUAGAGAUAGAUCAUCCAUUAAGAUAUAUACAUGAUAUAUCAGACAGAUGAUCUGUCUUAGUUUGAACACGAAAUGAACUAUCCAGGCAAACUACUGAAAGUACCUAGAAAAAUGUAAUCCUCGCGUCCUGUGAACAGUUAAUAGUUAACUCAUUGAGCCGCAAUGUGCCCCAAUGCACCCUACUUAUUUUUUUACCUGUCCAACGCCAGACGAUUUUACUCAUCAAUGGGGAAGCUCUGCAGCUUAAUGGGUUAACCCAUACGUUUGAAGGAGAGCCUUGCACAUUAAUGAGUUAAUUAGUCCUAUGAAAAUAGCAUUCCUAAAAGCGACGGGUAGGUGAUUUUUUACGUUGCGCUGUUACAGAUAGCUUUCCAUAGCCUUAAUGUCAUAUUUACCUCAGUUCAAUGAUUGCCCCCCCCACAGUUAAAUUAUGCUAAAAUUAAUUGAAAUAUUUACUUCUAUUUUAUUCAGCAACUGGUGUAUUAAAAGGAUUCGACCCUCUGCUUAACCUUGUAUUGGAUGGAACUACUGAAUAUCUGAGAGGUAACGAGAAAAAACUAACAAGACUAUAUAUACCACACAAUCCUACAUUUCUAAAAUCUACUAUUGUUUCCUUGUAGAUCCCGAUGAUCCAUUUAAAUUGUCAGACGAUACUCGACCACUUGGACUGGUCGUCUGUCGAGGGACGUCGGUCGUGCUGGUGUGCCCUGUGGAUGGCAUGGAAGCAAUUGCCAAUCCAUUUUUACAACAAGAAUAA